AUGCAACCGUUCAUCACUGGCCACGAAGAACUUAUACACGAUGUCGAAUACGACUUUUAUGGCACACACAUAGCAACAUGUUCGUCAGAUCAGCAUAUUAAAGUAUUUGAUUAUGAUGCUACAACAUCACAGUGGAUCUUGAAUGAUCUGUGGAAAGCACACAACUCCCUGGUGGUACGACUUUCGUGGGCCAAUCCCGAGUUUUCAAGUGCUCCCAUCUUAGCAUCGUGUUCUUACGAUAGAACAGUUAAAAUAUGGCAAGAACAGCCUGAUGAACUUCAUGGUAGUGGAAGAAGAUGGAUUAAAUUGGCUACCCUUGCCAUUGAAUCUUAUGGUCCUAUCUACGACGUUGUAUUUGCACCCAGUCAUUUGGGUUUAAAAUUAGCUUGUGUUGGAUCAGAUAGUAUAUUUCGGAUUUACGACUCUAUUGAUUCUAGUGAUUUGACUCAAUGGGCAUUAACCACCGAAAUCCCUUUAUCCAAUCUGCAAUUACCGGUGAAAAGCUUACAAAGUAGUUUUUCAAUUGAAUGGUGUCCUUCUAAAUAUACAAAGACCCUGAAGUUUAUAGUGGUGGUCAUCGAUCAAGCAUUCAUAUAUAGUACUCUUCCCAACUCCGAUAAUGAUGAAUUGGAUUCUACCGCUAAUCCCGGGAGACAAUCAGGACUGCAAUCGUCUUCCAAUCAAGACCAUCACCAUCAUCAUCAAGAAUCUACUGGUGACGAUGAAGCGGCUUCUAAACCACCAGACUCUGACACAAAAUACCUAAGAAUUGCAAGUCUUCCAGAACACAAUGGUCUUAUAAGAUCCGUGAGUUGGGCUCCGUCUAUGGGAAGACUGUUUCAUCUUAUUGCCACCGGAUGUAAGGAUGGGUUUGUACGGAUCUUCAAAGUGAAGGAACUUCCCAAUGGAGAACUCGAAAUAGAAACCGUGGCUGCAUUAUCGGAUCACAAGCUGGAAGUGUGGAGAGUCAAAUGGAAUAAUACAGGCACCAUCCUAAGCUCGGCCGGUGAUGACGGCAAUGUUCGAUUAUGGAAGAGUAACUAUUUGAACGAAUGGAAAUGUAUGAGUGUUAUCAACACAAGUAACAGAACAGAUAAUAGGAUUGCUGAUAAUGAACAAAAGAAUGUCCCAGCGUAA